GUCUCUUCCCCUAGUAAGUCACGUAGCGCAGGUCAGGAAUGGCUUGGCUUCAAAAUGUGGCUUUUUUUUUCCUGCUCCCUCCUUCAGCUGCACUUUUCCCGUGACACACUUCAGUCACAAGAUGAAUGCAGUCAGCUACAGCAUGACAUAGACAAGCUAUAGACAGUUGAGAGAGGAAGAAGUCAGUGGCACCCUCACCUCAGACAAGACAAAGCUAACAAUUGAUAAUGAAAGCGGUGCCAGAGAAGCGAUGCCUUCACCCACGCUGUGUUCACCACGAUGGAGGAGUGCCCACACUUCCGGGACCUUACUGUUAAGAGGUUCCUGAAGAACCUACUUGAGCACAACCGCCGAGACAUUCUCUCCAAGCCGGAGAAGUUUGUGCGCCUGAAGCCAGGGAGUGAUGCUGCUAAGACCUUCACUCUGUCUAUCCAGAGGGAUCCGCAGGUGCUGGUGGUGGAAUCUUGCUUGGACAGUGUGAUGGCAAGCAGUCAGGGUUCCAGUCAAAGGUGGUGGUGAUCCAUGCCCAGGACACCAGGGAGGAUGCACUGCAGCUUGCAUCUCAGCUGAGGAAUCCCAUGGAGGGCAACAGAUUGUAUGUGUUGCUUCUGCAAGAGUCUAAGAAGAACACACAAGUUAAGAGCAGCCUGAGGUGUGAUCCAUGGAACAGCAUCCACAAGUGGUUCAUCAAGGUUGACGCUGUGCUGCCGGUACUGUCGCCUCAGCUUCUGCGUCAGAUUCAGAACAGAGACUUCAGCAGAGAGAUUCAGAACAGAGACUUCAGCAGAGAGAGUGAGUGGGAGAAACGCUACAACUGCUUUGCCCACUCGAUGAUGCUAGACCAGCAUGUGGAGUACGGGAGCAAGAAUGGGUUCUGCCGUGCCGUUUGUCCUGCCAGAUUCCCGGAGGAGAGCCAGGGAGUGAUGCUGCUAAGACCUUCACUGUCUAUCCAGAGGGAUCCGCAGGUGCUGGUGGUGGAAUCUUGCUUGGACAGUGUGGAUGGCAAGCAGUCAGGGUUCCAGUCAAAGGUGGUGGUGAUCCAUGCCCAGGACACCAGGGAGGAUGCACUGCAGCUUGCAUCUCAGCUGAGGAAUCCCAUGGAGGGCAACAGAUUGUAUGUGUUGCUUCUGCAAGAGUCUAAGAAGAACACACAAGUUAAGAGCAGCCUGAGGUGUGAUCCAUGGAACAGCAUCCACAAGUGGUUCAUCAAGGUUGACGCUGUGCUGCCGGUACUGUCGCCUCAGCUUCUGCGUCAGAUUCAGAACAGAGACUUCAGCAGAGAGAGUGAGUGGGAGAAACGCUACAACUGCUUUGCCCACUCGAUGAUGCUAGACCAGCAUGUGGAGUACGGGAGCAAGAAUGGGUUCUGCCGUGCCGUUUGUCCUGCCAGAUUCCCGGAGGAGAGCCAGGGAGUGAUGCUGCUAAGACCUUCACUGUCUAUCCAGAGGGAUCCGCAGGUGCUGGUGGUGGAAUCUUGCUUGGACAGUGUGGAUGGCAAGCAGUCAGGGUUCCAGUCAAAGGUGGUGGUGAUCCAUGCCCAGGACACCAGGGAGGAUGCACUGCAGCUUGCAUCUCAGCUGAGGAAUCCCAUGGAGGGCAACAGAUUGUAUGUGUUGCUUCUGCAAGAGUCUAAGAAGAACACACAAGUUAAGAGCAGCCUGAGGUGUGAUCCAUGGAACAGCAUCCACAAGUGGUUCAUCAAGGUUGACGCUGUGCUGCCGGUACUGUCGCCUCAGCUUCUGCGUCAGAUUCAGAACAGAGACUUCAGCAGAGAGAGUGAGUGGGAGAAACGCUACAACUGCUUUGCCCACUCGAUGAUGCUAGACCAGCAUGUGGAGUACGGGAGCAAGAAUGGGUUCUGCCGUGCCGUUUGUCCUGCCAGAUUCCCGGAGGAGACCAGCAGCAGCAGCAGCAGCAGCAGCAGCAGCAGCAGCAGCAGCAGCAGCACACACAAGAGGUGUUUUCUGUAUGAUGAUGAUGAUGGAAAAAGCACAUCUCGAAAGGAUGUUAUAAGCAGGGCAACGUAAUGAAAUUCAGUGAAUGGACGUGUGUGCGUGGCUGCAAUCACUAUGAAAUUAAGUUGAAAAUAAGAAAUAUAUUACUUUACAGAAAGGAAUGCUUAGAGUGAAUGAAAUUACUGUAAUGAAUGAAUGGAAAUAAAGUUGUGAGUCAUUAAAUGAUUAGGAAAAGAAGCUGUGAAUAGGUGCAUUAUUGUUAUUACUGAAAGGAAGAAUAUUUGUAGGAUAUGUCAUGUAUAUUAUCAAAGUGUUUUCAUUCUUACUUUCUUCUUUCUCUUUCAUCUUUUCUUAGUAUAUUUAAGUGAAUUUCUCUCUCUCUCUCUCUCUCUCUCUCUCUCUCUCUCUCUCUCUCUCUCUCUCUCUCUCUCUCUCUCUCUCUCUCUCCAGCCAUCUCUUCUCUCCUUCCAUCUUUUUCUUAGUAUAUUUAAGUGAAUUUCUCAGAUCUCUCUCUCUCUCUCUCUCUCUCUCUCUCUCUCUCUCUCUCUCUCUCUCUCUCUCUCUUUCUCUCUUUCUUUUUCUUUCUUUCUCUCUCUCUCUCUCUCUCUCUCUCUCUCUCUCUCUCUCUCUCUCUCUCUCUCUCUCUCUCUCUCUCUCUCUCUCUCUCUCUCUCUCUCUCUCUCUCUCUCUCUCUCUCUCUCUCUCCAGUAGUCAGUAGUCAGUGAGGAGGUAGUAGCAAGUAGUGUUCAAGUAGCCUUAGUAAUAGAAUAGUUUGGCUUGCAUGGCAGUGGUUAAAACAUCUACCCUCUCACAUCGUUGGGGUGAGACCACUUGCUUCAUAUGAGCCAAAUGGGGUGACUCCUCCCCUCCCCACCCCUCCCUGUCAAUCUGUGGGUGAGUGUUGCCCAUGCACCUUUAAGGAGAUCAAAUUUGAGAGGUACAUUUUGCUUAUUCCUUCUGAUUAUGCAGGAUUCAACCAUUAAUUUCAUCUCUAUAAAACUCUAUGGGUUUCACUUGCCAUAGACUUGUGGGAUGAAACAAGGGAGAUAAUUUUGCAGUCUACUCUCUUUUUUCAUCUGUGUUACAGUCUAUGGGUUUCACCUGCCCAGGUUGGUGGUGGUGGGGUGGGGUGGGGUGGGGGAGUUCUAAUGCUCUGAGUGGCGCCCUGCUGUAGGUUGUCAAAAGAAAAAUUUAUUAUUAUUAUUAUUUUUUAUUGAUUUUGUUAUUGUUCUCAAGUUCUCAGUAUUAUUAAAACCAGCACUAACAUCUUAUUUUACAGAUCAAUCAAUCAAUACUAUUUCCAAUAAAUAUUUACUAAAUGUUA